AGCCCGGCCCAGCCCAGCCCGGCCCAGCCCAGCCCAGCCCGGCACGGACGGCAACGGCAACGGCAACGGCAACGGCAACGGCGGCGGGUCCGGGGGGCGCUCGGCGGGAUGGGGGGACACGGGGACAGCUACUACGGCAAACACGGAACGCCACAGAAAUAUGACCCGACUUUCAAAGGGCCCAUCUAUGACAGGGGCUGCACCGACAUCAUCUGCUGCGUCCUGCUGGUGGUGGCCAUCGUGGGCUACGUCGUGGUGGGCGUCGUGGCCUGGACGCACGGGGACCCGCGCAAGGUGAUCCACCCCACGGACAGCCGCGGGCAGUUCUGCGGGCAGCCGGGGACCCCCAACGAGAAAAAACCUUUCCUUUUUUACUUUGACAUCGUCAAGUGUGCGAGCCCGCUGGUGCUGCUGGAGUUCCAGUGCCCGACCACGCAGAUCUGUGUCAGCAAGUGCCCGGACCGGUACCUGACGUACCUGACGGCCGUGGGCAGCCCCGCGUCGCUCGAGUAUUACCGCAAUUUCUGCACCCCCGAGUACAAGGGCACGCAGAAGGCUGCCCUCAACGUGCUCAAGGACAGGGAGUGUCCGGCCAUGCUCAUUCCCAGCACCCCGCUGGCGCGGAGAUGCUUCCCGGCCAUCCAGGCCAAGCAGGGCGUCAUCAUGGUGGGCAACAAGACAACAUUCGAGGACGGCUGGGGGAACCACAGGAACGUCACCGAGCUGCUGGAAGGGGCCAAGAAAGCCAACGUGGUGCUGGAGACGCGGCAGCUGGCCAUGAAGAUCUUCGAGGAUUACACGGUGUCCUGGUACUGGAUCAUCAUAGGCCUCGUCAUUGCCAUGGUGGCCAGCCUCAUCUUCAUCGUGCUGCUGCGCUUCCUGGCGGGCGUCAUGGUGUGGGUGAUGAUCGUGAUGGUGAUCCUGGUGCUGGGAUACGGAAUCUUCCACUGCUACAUGGAGUACGCCAAGCUGAAAGGGGAAGCGGGCUCGGAUAUGUCCCUGGCAGACCUGGGCUUCCAGACCGACCUCCGUGUGUACCUGCACCUGCGGCAGACGUGGCUGGCGUUCCUGAUCAUCCUGUGCGUGCUGGAGCUGGUGAUUAUCCUGCUGCUCAUCUUCCUGCGCAAGAGGAUCCUCAUCGCCAUCGCGCUCAUCAAGGAGGCCAGCAGGGCCAUCGGUCACGUCAUGUCGUCGCUGCUGUUCCCCUUGUGCACCUUCUUCUUGCUGUGCCUCUGCAUCGCCUACUGGGCCAGCACGGCCGUCUUCCUGUCCACCUCCAACGAGGCCGUUUACAAGGUGUUCAAUGAAUCCGCGUGCCCGUUCGCCGGGCAGACCUGCAGGCCCGAGACCUUCAACAGCAGCAACGUCACCAGGCUGUGCCCCGACGCGCAGUGCCUGUUCGCGUUCUACGGCGGCGAGACCGCCUACCACCGCUACCUCGUCGUGCUGCAGUUCUUCAACGUCUUCAUGUUCUUCUGGCUCGCCAACUUCGUCAUCGCGCUGGGCCAGGUGACGCUGGCGGGCGCCUUCGCCUCCUACUACUGGGCCUUCAAGAAGCCCGACGACAUGCCGGCCUUCCCGCUCUUCUCCGCCUUCGGCCGCGCGCUGCGGUACCACACGGGCUCGCUGGCCUUCGGCUCGCUGAUCCUGGCCAUCGUGCAGGUGAUCAGGGUCAUCCUGGAGUACCUGGACCACCGGCUGAAAGCCGCCGAGAACAAGUUUGCCAAGUUCCUGCUGAGCUGCCUCAAGUGCUGCUUCUGGUGCCUGGAGAAAUUCCUCAAGUUCCUCAACAGGAACGCCUACAUCAUGAUCGCCGUCUACGGCACCAACUUCUGCACCUCGGCGCGGAACGCGUUCUUCCUGCUGAUGAGGAACAUCAUCAGGGUGGCCGUGUUGGAUAAAGUCACGGAUUUCCUCUUCUUCCUCGGCAAGCUCCUCAUCGUGGGAAGCGUGGGGAUCCUCGCCUUCUUCUUCUUCACGCAGCGGAUAAAGCUGGUGCAGGACACGGCGCCGCCGCUCAAUUACUACUGGGUGCCGAUUCUGACGGUGAUCGUGGGCUCCUACCUCAUUGCCCACGGCUUCUUCAGCGUCUACGGCAUGUGCGUGGACACCCUGUUCCUCUGCUUCUGCGAAGAUCUGGAGAGAAACGAUGGAUCUCCGGAGAGGCCUUACUACAUGUCCCCCGAGCUGAGCGAGAUCCUGCUGAAGGGGCACCUCGAGCCUUCCAAAAGCGCCGAUAGCCAAGGCUAGGCCGGGCUGGGGUCCCUGCCGGCCCCCCGACUCCUCCGGGGGUGGCGGCUGCCGGCCCUCGGUGCUGUCCCCAAUCUGCCUUCCUGCCCAAAAUCCGCGUUCCUGCGCCGGGAGAGCCUGCAUGGAGCCGGCUGGGGCUCACGGCAGCACCCAAGGGUGGCCGUGGCUCCCAAGGGAGGGCUGGGCCAGCACCGAGCAGGGACAGGGCUGGCUGGGAUGGGCCCAGCGGGCUCGGGGCGUUUCCUCUGCGUCCGCUUCAGCCGAGAGCACCGAGACUUUUCUUUGCCCUUUCCUCGCCCCUUUCCUUGCCUUUUCCUCCUCCUGUCUCUAUGCAAACCGCAGGAUUCUGAAGGGUUCUGGGUGAGGUUGCAGAGCUUUGCUGGUUUAGCCCAGCUUGUCCCUGUCCCCUGUCCCAGCCAUCACAGGAGCUGUCACUGGGACUUGGAGAUUUUCACUCCAGCCAUGGGGGGGAAGUCAGGAUUUCUCCUCCAAAAAGCCCAGAAAUGAUCAAGAUUCAUAAAAAUACAGCUCUUGUGGCUCAGCCUCAGCCACAGCUCCCAGCCAGGACACAGCCCUGCUGUUGGUGCUGCCGUGUCCUGGAUCCCAGGAGGAUCCAAAUCCCUCCCAAAACACCCCCUGGGCACCGCGAGCCCGGAGCUUUGAGGCUUUGUUUGGUUUUGGGGUGUUGUUUAUCCACGGCUGGGAUUUUCCAGCCUCGAGGGGGAAUCGCUUUUCAAGGGCUCCCUCCUUCCCUUGGCUCCGCUCAAAACCACCAAACACCCAAAUUCCCUCUUUCUCCUGACCCUCUGCGGGCCAUGCCCGGGUUUGCCGUGUCACAGAGGGAAAAAUAAUUCAGGAUGGGCCCAGAGGCUCUGUUUGAGCUGGGCAUCGCUGUCAGGGGAUCCCACACCAACCCCGCGGGGCCGGGGGUCUCUCUUUGCAGUGGAGGACCUGGAGCGCAACGACGGCUCGGCCGAGAAGCCUUACUUCAUGUCGCAGGACCUGAGGAAGCUGCUCAAGAAGAGCAACAAGGGGCAGCCCGAGGCGUAGCCCCGCCUGGCAUUGCCCCUCGGUGGGCACGGACAGCCCUGGCAGCGGGGCGGGUGGGUAAAAUGCACAUUUUGGAUGAAUCGGCCUUAAAUCCCAGCGCUGGGAACGACAACGAGAGGCAGGGGCCACUCGUGGGGUAAAAUCCCCCCAAUUUCCAGGGGUUCCAGGUGGUUCCAGAGGGAGUUUAAUUGAGUUUGUGAACCCUUCAGGGGAUCCACGCAGACCUGGAGGAGCGGGAAGGGGGUUCAGGCAUUCUCUGUGUGGGGCCCCCCCUAAAAUAUUGAAUUGUGGCCGUGCAUUCCUGCCCGCAGAGCUGGGGUCACCUCCCACCCCUCGCUGCCCUCCGUCGACACCCCAGCGCCCUAAUUAAUUAAUUAAUUAAUUCUUUUAGGAAUAAGCUAAUUAUUAUUGCUUUUGUAGCCAGUGCGAGGGGUGAAGGUGGAGGGGAACGAGGGGGGCAGAAUUUGGGGUUUGAGGCUCCUCCGGAGGAGCUGCAGCUUCCACAGAUUCCCCCCCAAAAUGUGCACCUGGUCCCCCCAAAUUUGUGUCAUUUUAGGGCAAAGCCUUCCCAAAGGCUUCACCUGCAUGGGGGGAUUUGGGAUUUGGGACCCCCACCCAGGGCCUGGGGGGGUUUUGGUGUCAUUCCAGGUGAUUUUGGCAAAGCCAGGGGCAGCCAACACCUGCCUCCAGCCAGGAGAGGGGGGAAAAAGGAAUUUUUUUGGUGUGGAAAAGGGGUCAAUUAACUCCAAAAUGUAAUUAACUCAAACCUAAAGUGUAACAGAAUUAACCCUCAGACCCUGCGCAGCCCCAAGCACAGCCACCACCAGCAAUUGGGCUUUUUUUAGGGCUUUUUUGUUCCAAAAAAGGACUUUUAGAAAUGCUCUGAGGCUUUGGGGGACAAUUCCCCCCUCCAGUGCUGCUGAGGGAUCCCUUUGGCUUCCCUUGAUCCCAAUUCCCCGCCACCUUUGGGUUUUGUAUCAUCCAGGGGACGUUUCUAUGGAAUUAUCCAAUCCUUUGGGGGCUUUUGUAUAUUUUGCUUUUCCAGGAUGUUUUCAGUUAUGGUUAUUUGGGGCUUUUCCAGGGAAUUUUUGGGGGCACGUUUUCAUUUCUGUGACGCCGCCGGGCAGAGCUUCCCUAUCUGUAGUUUCUCUAAUUUUUCUUUUCAAAAUUCCCCAAAUUUUCCCUUUUUCCCCCUCGUUUUUUUUUAGUGCAGCUGAUCAGUGGACAGAGGAGUGGAAGGGAAAAUUGAAGCCAAAAAAAAAAUAAUGAAGGAAAAUGUAAAACUAGAAAGGUGAAGGGAAAGGCAGAACAAUGAAGGGAAAGGUAAAAACAAAGCUAAAAACGUAACAGUAAAGCUCAACCGAAACGAUCAAAUGAAGCUAAAAAGAGGCAAAUCCUCCCUGUUUGGGAUGAGUGGGAAUAAUUCAGGGAAUUCUCACCAGACCUUGUUCCACUUACAGCCAUCCCAGCACGUGUCCUGCAGCUCCUGAUGCUCAUUCUGGAUUAAUUCCGUUUUUUUUCCCCCCUCCCUGUGCAGGUUUCAGGGUGGGUUUGGUUUUGUUUCUGCCCAGAAUGUUCGUGUUGGGGGCGAAUUCCCUCUCACUCCUCGAUUUUCAGCUGUUUUCCUCCCAAAUCCCGACCCUUUGGGAGUGGGAAGCAGCUGAGGAGUGGCAGGAACUGGGUUUGUUUGCUCAAAAAGGCAAAAAAAACCAGCAGGAAUUUGGAAGGCUGGAAGGAAAAGUGGUGAAAGAGAGAAGAAAUUUGGGAAAAAAUGUGUUUGUGGGGAAGCCGGGCUGGCUCGGCUGCCUCCCAGCAGCACAGGAUUUGAGGAGAAUUAAGGAUUUUUAUUCCCAAUAAACCCAAGUGGCUUUUUAGAGGUGAUGGGGAGCAGCGAGGGAGAUAUUCCUGUAAAUUAGGAAAUUCACAGGAAUAUUUCUGAGGUUGUUUUGGAAGACUCAGAGCGAGGGCAGCUGUCUGGGGGAAUUUGGUGUCCAGAAAAGCUUCACUCCAAGGCUGGGUUCCUGCUUCCAGGCAAAGCUCCGUGCUCAAGGCAUUAAAUGAUGGCAUUUAAGAAUAAUGGCGCUUUUUUUCCCCCCCCACCCCCGUCUAGAAAUGUGGCUUCUGUCCCUACAAACCUGAUUGUUCUGCGGGCAAAGAAAACGAGCCUAAAAUCCUAAACAAUGCUAAACCUGCAGGGCUGAUGUUUUACAGGGAAAUGCUCCUUUUUCACGUGUUUUUGAGGCGUUAAGGGUGCUGUGACACUCCGGAGUCUCUGCGCGGUUCCGUCAGCGUCGCGACCGACAAUAAAAAAGUGCCUGUUUGGA